AUGGACGUGGACAUGGACAUGGACAUGGACGUGGACAUGGACGUGGACGUGGACAUGGACGUGGACGUGGACAUGGACGUGGACGUGGACGUGGACGUGGACGUGGACGUGGACGUGGACGGGGACGUGGACGGGGACGUGGACGGGGACGUGGACGUGGACGUGGACAUAGACGUGGACAUGGACGUGGACAUGGACGCGGACGUGGACGUGGACGUGGACGUGGACGUGGACGUGGACGUGGACGUGGACGUGGACGGGGACGUGGACGUGGACGUGGACGGGGAUGUGGACAUGGACGUGGACGUGGACGUGGACGUGGACGUGGACGUGGACGUGGACGUGGACAUGGACGUGGACGUGGACAUGGAAGUGGACGUGGACGUGGACGUGGACAUGGACGUGGACGUGGAUGUGGACAUGGUCGUGGACGUGGACGUGGACGUGGACGCGGACGUGGACGUGGACGGGGAUGUGGACGUGGACGUAGACGUGGACAUGGACGUGGACGUGGACGUGGACGUGGACGUGGACGUGGACAUGGUCGUGGUCGUGGACGUGGACGUGGACGUGGACGUGGACAUGGACAUGGACGUGGACAUGGUCGAGGACAUGGACGUGGACGUGGACGUGGACGUGGACAUGGACGUGGACGUGGACGUGGACAUGGACGUGGACGUGGACGUGGACGUGGACGUCGACGUGGACAUGGACGUGGACGUGGACGUGGACGUCGUCGUGGACAUGGACGUGGACAUGGACGUGGACGUGGACGUGGACGUGGACGUGGACGUGGAUGUCGACGUGGACAUGGACGUGGACGUGGACGUGGACAUUGACGUGGACGUGGACAUGGACGUGGACGUGGACGUGGACGUGGACGUAGACGUGGACGUGGACGUAGACAUGGACAUGGAUAUGGACAUGGACAUGGACGUGGACAUGGACGUGGACGUGGACAUGGAUGUGGACGUGGACAUGGACGUGGACGUGGACGUGGACGUGGACAUGGACCAGGACAAGGACGUGGACGUGGACGUGGAUGUAGACAUGGACGGGGACGUGGACAGGGACGUGGACGUGGACGUGGACAUGGACGUGGACAUGGACGUGGACAUGGACGGGGACGUUGACGUGGACGUGGACAUGGACGUGGACGUGGACAUGGACGCGGACGUGGACGUGGACGGGGAUGUGGACAUGGACGUGGACGUGGACAUGGACGUGGACGUGGACAUGGACGUGGACGUGGACGUGGACGUGGACGUGGACGUGGACAUGGACAUGGACGUGGACAUGGACGUGGACGUGGACGUGGACAUGGACGUGGACGUGGAUGUGGACAUGGUCGACGUGGACGUGGACGUGGACAUGGUCGUGGUCGUGGACGUGGACGUGGACGUGGACAUGGACAUGGACGUGGACAUGGUCGUGGACAUGGACGUGGACGUGGAGGUGGACGUGGACGUGGACGUGGACAUGGACGUGGACGUGGACGUGGACAUGGACGUGGACAUGGACGUGGUUUUGGACAUGGACGUGGACAUGGACGUGGACGUGGACGUGGACGUGGACGUGAACAUGGACGUGGACGUGGACGUGGACAUGGACGUCGACGUGGACAUGGACGUGGACGUGGACAUGGACGUGGACGUGGACGUGGACAUGGAUGUGGACAUGGACGUGGAGGACUUGGACGUGGACAUGGACGUGGUCGUGGACAUGGACGUGGACGUGGACAUGGACGUGGACAUGGACGUGGACGUGGACGUGGACGUGGACAUGGACAUGGACGUGGACAUGGACAUGGACGUGGACAUGGACGUGAACGUGGACAUGGACAUGGACGUGGACGUGGACGUGGACACGGACGUGGACGUGGACGUGGACGCGGACGUGGACGUGGACGUGGACGUGGACGUGGAUGGACGCGGACGUCGACGUGGACGUGGAUGGACGCGGACGUCGGCAUGGACGUGGUUGGACAUGGACGUGGACUUGGACGUGGACGGGGAUGUGGACAUGGACGUGGACGUGGACAUCGACGUGGACGUGGACGUGGACGUGGACAUGGUUGUGGAGGUGCACGUGGACGUGGACGUGGACGUGGACGUGGACAUGGACGUGGACGUGGACGUGGAUGUGGACAUGGACGCGGACGUGGAUGGGGUCGUGGACGCGGAUGUGGACAUGGACGUGGACGUGGACGUGGACGUGGACGUGGACAUGGACGCGGACGUGGACGUGGACGGGGAUGUGGACAUGGACGUGGACGUGGACGUGGACGUGGACGUGGACGUGGACAUGGACGUGGACGUGGACAUGGAAGUGGACGUGGACGUGGACGUGGACAUGGACGUGGACGUGGAUGUGGACAUGGUCGUGGACGUGGACGUGGACGUGGACGCGGAUGUCGACGUGGACGGGGAUGUGGACGUGGACGUAGACGUGGACAUGGACGUGGACGUGGACGUGGACGUGGACAAGGACGUGGACGUGGACGUGGACAUGGUCGUGGUCGUGGACGUGGACGUGGACGUGGACGUGGACGUGGACAUGGACAUGGACGUGGACAUGGUCGAGGACAUGGACGUGGACGUGGACGUGGACAUGGACAUGGACGUGGACGUGGACGUGGACAUGGACGUGGACGUGGACGUGGACGUGGACGUCGACGUGGACAUGGACGUGGACGUGGACGUGGACAUGGAAGUGGACGUGGACGUGGACGUGGAUGUCGACGUGGACAUGGACGUGGACGUGGACGUGGACAUUGACGUGGACGUGGACAUGGACGUGGACGUGGACGUGGACGUAGACGUGGACGUGGACGUAGACAUGGACAUGGAUAUGGACAUGGACAUGGACGUGGACAUGGACGUGGACGUGGACAUGGAUGUGGACGUGGACAUGGACGUGGACGUGGACGUGGACGUGGACAUGGACCAGGACAAGGACAUGGACGUGGAUGUGGACGUGGACGUAGACGUGGACAUGAACGUGGACGUGGACGUGGACGUGGACAAGGACGUGGACGUGGACGUGGACAUGGUCGUGGUCGUGGACGUGGACGUGGACGUGGACAUGGACAUGGACGUGGACAUGGUCGUGGACAUGGACGUGGACGUGGACGUGGACGUGGACGUGGACAUGGACGUGGACGUGGACAUGGACGUGGACAUGGACGUGGUUGUGGACAUGGACGUGGACAUGGACGUGGACGUGGACGUGAACAUGGACGUGGACGUGGACGUGGACGUGGACGUGGACGUCGACGUGGACAUGGACGUGGACGUGGACAUGGACGUGGACGUGGACGUGGACAUGGACGUGGACAUGGUCGUGGAGGACUUGGACGUGGACAUGGACGUGGUCGUGGACAUGGACGUGGACGUGGACAUGGACGUGGACAUGGACGUGGACGUGGACGUGGACGUGGACGUGGACAUGGACAUGGACGUGGACAUGGACAUGGACGUGGACAUGGACAUGGACGUGGACGUGGACAUGGACGUGGACGUGGACGUGGACGCGGACGUGGACGUGGACGUGGACGCGGACGUGGACGUGGACGUGGAUGGACGCGGACGUGCACGUGGACGUGGACGUGGACGUGGACGUGGACAUGGACGUGGACGUGGACGUGGACGUGGACGUGGACGCGGACGUGGACGUGGACGUGGACGCGGACGUGGAUGUGGACUUGGACGUGGACGUGGAUGGACGCGGACGUCGACAAGGACGUGGAUGGACAUGGACGUGGACUUGGAUGUGGACGGGGAUGUGGACGUGGACGUGGACGUGGACAUGGACAUGGACGUGGACGUGGACGUGGACGUGGUCGUGGACGUGGACGUGGACGUGGACAUGGUCGUGGACGUGGACGUGGACGUGGACGUGGACGUUGACGUGUACGUGGACGUGGACGUGGACGUUGACGUGUACGUUGACGUGGACGUGGACGUGGACGUGGACCUGGACGUGGACGUGGACGUGGACCUGGACGUGGACGUGGACGUGGACGUUGAUGUGGACACGUGGACGUGGACGUGGACGUGGACGUGGACGUUGACGUGGACGUGGACGUGGACGUGGACGUGGACGUGGACCUGGACGUGGACGUGGACGUGGACGUGGACGUGGACGUGGACGUGGACGUGGACGUUGACGUGGACGUGGACGUGGACGUGGACGUGGACAUGGACGUGGACGUGGACGUGGACGUGGACCAGGACGUGGACGUGGACGUCGACAUGGACGUGGACGUCGACGUGGACAUGGACGUGGACGUGGACGUGGACCUGGACGUGGACGUGGACAUGGACGUGGACGUGGACGUGGACGUGGACGGGGACGACGUGGACGCGGACGUGGAUGGACGCGGACGUGGACGUGGACGGGGAUGUGGACGUGGACAUGGACGUGGACAUGGACGUGGACGUGGACAUGGACGUGGACGUGGACGUGGACGUGGACGUGGACGUGGUCGUGGACGUGGACGUGGACGUGGAUGUGGACGUCGACGUGGACGUGGACAUGGUCGUGGACGUGGACGUGGACGUGGACAAAGACGUGGACAUGGACGUGGAUGUGGACGUGGACGUGGACGUGGACGUGGACAUGGACGUGGACAUGGAAGUGGACAUGGACGCGGACGUGGACGUGGACGGGGAUGUGGACGUGGACGUGGACAUGGCUGUGGACGUGGACGUGGAGGUGGACAUGGACGUGGACGUGGACGUGGACAUGGACGCGGACGAGGACGUGGACGUGGACGCGGACGUGGACGUGGACGGGGAUGUGGACGUGGACGUGGACGUGGACAUGGACGUGGACGUGGACGUGGACAUGGACGUGGACGUGGACGUGGACGUGGACAAGGACGUGGACGUGGACGUGGACAUGGUCGUGGACGUGGACGUGGACGUGGACGUGGACAUGGACAUAGACGUGGACAUGGUCGUGGACGUGGACAUGGACGUGGACGUGGACCUGGACGUGGAUAUGGACGUGGACGUGGACGUGGACGUGGACAUGGACGUGGACAUGGACGUGGUUGUGGACAUGGACGCGGACAUGGACGUGGACAUGGACGUGGACGUGGACGUGGACGUGGACGUGGACGUCGACGUGGACAUGGACGUGGACGUGGACGUGGACAUGGACAUGGACAUGGACGUGGACGUGGACGUGGACGUGGACGUGGACAUGGACGUGGACAUGGACGUGGAGGACUUGGACGUGGACAUGGACAUGGUCGUGGACAUGGACGUGGACGUGGACAUGGACGUGGACAUGGACAUGGACGUGGACGUGGACAUGGACGUGGACGUGGACGUGGACAUGGACGUGGACGCGGAUGUGGACGUGGACGUGGACGCGGACGUGGACGUGGACGACGUGGACGUGGACGUGGACAUGGUCGUGGUCGUGGACGUGGACGUGGACGUGGACGUGGACGUGGACAUGGACAUGGACGUGGACAUGGUCGAGGACAUGGACGUGGACGUGGACGUGGACAUGGACAUGGACGUGGACGUGGACGUGGACAUGGACGUGGACGUGGACGUGGACGUGGACGUCGACGUGGACAUGGACGUGGACGUGGACGUGGACAUGGACGUGGACGUGGACGUGGACGUGGAUGUCGACGUGGACAUGGACGUGGACGUGGACGUGGACAUUGACGUGGACGUGGACAUGGACGUGGACGUGGACGUGGACGUAGACGUGGACGUGGACGUAGACAUGGACAUGGAUAUGGACAUGGACAUGGACGUGGACAUGGACGUGGACGUGGACAUGGAUGUGGACGUGGACAUGGACGUGGACGUGGACGUGGACGUGGACAUGGACCAGGACAAGGACGUGUACGUGGACGUGGAUGUGGACAUGGACGGGGACGUGGACGGGGACGUGGACGUGGACGUGGACAUGGACGUGGACAUGGACGUGGACAUGGACGGGGACGUUGACGUGGAUGUGGACAUGGACGUGGACGUGGACAUGGACGCGGACGUGGACGUGGACGGGGAUGUGGACAUGGACGUGGACGUGGACAUGGACCUGGACGUGGACGUGGACGUGGACGUGGACGUGGACGUGGACGUGGACAUGGACAUGGACGUGGACAUGGACGUAAACGUGGACGUGGACAUGGACGUGGACGUGGAUGUGGACAUGGUCGUGGACGUGGACGUGGACGUGGACGCGGACGUGGACGUGGACGGGGAUGUGGACGUGGACGUAGACGUGGACAUGAACGUGGACGUGGACGUGGACGUGGACAAGGACGUGGACGUGGACGUGGACAUGGUCGUGGUCGUGGACGUGGACGUGGACGUGGACAUGGACAUGGACGUGGACAUGGUCGUGGACAUGGACGUGGACGUGGACGUGGACGUGGACGUGGACAUGGACGUGGACGUGGACAUGGACGUGGACAUGGACGUGGUUGUGGACAUGGACGUGGACAUGGACGUGGACGUGGACGUGGACGUGAACAUGGACGUGGACGUGGACGUGGACGUGGACGUGGACGUCGACGUGGACAUGGACGUGGACGUGGACAUGGACGUGGACGUGGACGUGGACAUGGACGUGGACAUGGUCGUGGAGGACUUGGACGUGGACAUGGACGUGGUCGUGGACAUGGACGUGGACGUGGACAUGGACGUGGACAUGGACGUGGACGUGGACGUGGACGUGGACGUGGACAUGGACAUGGACGUGGACAUGGACAUGGACGUGGACAUGGACGUGGACGUGGACGUGGACAUGGACGUGGACGUGGACGCGGACGUGGACGUGGACGUGGACGCGGACGUGGACGUGGACGUGGACGUGGAUGGACGCGGACGUGCACGUGGACGUGGACGUGGACGUGGACGUGGACAUGGACGUGGACGUGGACGUGGACGUGGACGUGGACGCGGACGUGGACGUGGACGUGGACGCGGACGUGGAUGUGGACGUGGACGUGGACGUGGAUGGACGCGGACGUCGACAAGGACGUGGAUGGACAUGGACGUGGACUUGGAUGUGGACGGGGAUGUGGACGUGGACGUGGACGUGGACAUGGACAUGGACGUGGACGUGGACGUGGACGUGGUCGUGGACGUGGACGUGGACGUGGACAUGGUCGUGAACGUGGACGUGGACGUGGACGUGGACGUUGACGUGUACGUGGACGUGGACGUGGACGUUGACGUGUACGUUGACGUGGACGUGGACGUGGACGUGGACCUGGACGUGGACGUGGACGUGGACCUGGACGUGGACGUGGACGUGGACGUUGAUGUGGACGUUGACGUGGACCUGGACGUGGACGUGGACGUGGACGUUGACGUGGACGUGGACGUGGACGUGGACGUGGACGUGGACGUUGACGUGGACGUGGACGUGGACGUGGACGUGGACCUGGACCUGGACGUGGACGUGGACGUGGACGUGGACGUGGACGUGGACGUUGACGUGGACGUUGACGUGGACGUGGACGUGGACGUGGACCUGGACCUGGACGUGGACGUGGACGUCGACGUGGACGUGGACGUUGACGUGGACGUUGACGUGGACGUGGACGUGGACGUGGACGUGGACAUGGACGUGGACGUGGACGUGGACGUGGACGUGGACGUGGACAUGGACCAGGACGUGGACGUGGACGUCGACAUGGACAUGGACAUGGACGUGGACAUGGACGUGGACGUGGACGUGGACCUGGACGUGGACAUGGACAUGGACGUGGACGUGGACGUGUACGUGGACGGGGACGUGGACGCGGACGUGGAUGGACGCGGACGUGGACGUGGACGUGGAUGUGGACAUGGACAUGGACGUGGACGUGGACGUGGACGUGGACGUGGACAUGGACGUGGACGUGGACGUGGACGUGGACGUGGACGUGGACAUGGACGUGGACAUGGACGUGGACAUGGACGUGGACGUGGACGUGGACGUGGACGUGGACGUGGACAUGGACGUGGACAUGGACGUGGACAUGGACGUGGACGUGGACGUGGACAUGGACGUGGACGUGGACGUGGACCUGGACGUGGACAUGGACAUGGACGUGGACGUGGACGUGGACGUGGACGGGGACGUGGACGCGGACGUGGAUGGACGCGGACGUGGACGUGGACGUGGAUGUGGACAUGGACAUGGACGUGGACGUGGACGUGGACGUGGACAUGGACGUGGACGUGGACGUGGACGUGGACGUGGACGUGGACAUGGACGUGGACAUGGACGUGGACAUGGACGUGGACGUGGACAUGGACGUGGACGGGGACGUGGACGCGGACGUGGAUGGACGCGGACGUGGACGUGGACGUGGAUGUGGACAUGGACAUGGACGUGGACGUGGACGUGGACGUGGACGUGGACAUGGACGUGGACGUGGACGUGGACGUGGACGUGGACAUGGACGUGGACGUGGACGUGGACAUGGACGUGGACGUGGACGUGGACGUGGACGUGGACGUGGACAUGGACGUGGACGUGGACGUGGACGUGGACGUGGACGGGGACGUGGACGUGGACGUGGACGUGGACAUGGACGUGGACGUGGACGUGGACAUGGACGUGGACGUAGACGUGGACAAGGACGUGGACGUGGACGUGGACAUGGUCGUGGACGUGGACGUGGACGUGGACGUGGACAUGGACGUAGACGUGGACAUGGUCGUGGACGUGGACGUGGACGUGGACGUGGACCUGGACAUAGACGUGGACAUGGACGUGGACGUGGACGUGGACCUGGACGUGGAUAUGGACGUGGACGUGGACGUGGACGUGGACAUGGACGUGGACGCGGACAUGGACGUGGACGUGGACGUGGACGUGGACGCGGACAUGGACGUGGACGUGGACGUGGACGUGGACGUGGACGUAGACGUGGACGUGGACGUAGACAUGGACGUGGAUAUGGACAUGGACAUGGACGUGGACAUGGACGUGGACGUGGACAUGGAUGUGGACGUGGACAUGGACGUGGACGUGGACGUGGACGUGGACAUGGACCAGGACAAGGACGUGGACGUGGACGUGGAUGUGGACAUGGACGGGGACGUGGACGGGGACGUGGACGUGGACGUGGACAUGGACGUGGACAUGGACGUGGACAUGGACGGGGACGUUGACGUGGAUGUGGACAUGGACGUGGACGUGGACAUGGACGCGGACGUGGACGUGGACGGGGAUGUGGACAUGGACGUGGACGUGGACAUGGACCUGGACGUGGAUGUGGACGUGGACGUGGACGUGGACGUGGACGUGGACGUGGACAUGGACAUGGACGUGGACAUGGACGUGGACGUGGACGUGGAGAUGGACGUGGACGUGGAUGUGGACAUGGUCGUGGACGUGGACGUGGACGUGGACGCGGACGUGGACGUGGACGGGGAUGUGGACGUGGACGUAGACGUGGACAUGAACGUGGACGUGGACGUGGACGUGGACAAGGACGUGGACGUGGACGUGGACAUGGUCGUGGUCGUGGACGUGGACGUGGACGUGGACAUGGACAUGGACGUGGACAUGGUCGUGGACAUGGACGUGGACGUGGACGUGGACGUGGACGUGGACAUGGACGUGGACGUGGACAUGGACGUGGACAUGGACGUGGUUGUGGACAUGGACGUGGACAUGGACGUGGACGUGGACGUGGACGUGAACAUGGACGUGGACGUGGACGUGGACGUGGACGUGGACGUCGACGUGGACAUGGACGUGGACGUGGACAUGGACGUGGACGUGGACGUGGACAUGGACGUGGACAUGGUCGUGGAGGACUUGGACGUGGACAUGGACGUGGUCGUGGACAUGGACGUGGACGUGGACAUGGACGUGGACAUGGACGUGGACGUGGACGUGGACGUGGACGUGGACAUGGACAUGGACGUGGACAUGGACAUGGACGUGGACAUGGACGUGGACGUGGACGUGGACAUGGACGUGGACGUGGACGUGGACGCGGACGUGGACGUGGACGUGGACGCGGACGUGGACGUGGACGUGGAUGGACGCGGACGUGCACGUGGACGUGGACGUGGACGUGGACGUGGACAUGGACGUGGACGUGGACGUGGACGUGGACGUGGACGCGGACGUGGACGUGGACGUGGACGCGGACGUGGAUGUGGACGUGGACGUGGACGUGGAUGGACGCGGACGUCGACAAGGACGUGGAUGGACAUGGACGUGGACUUGGAUGUGGACGGGGAUGUGGACGUGGACGUGGACGUGGACAUGGACAUGGACGUGGACGUGGACGUGGACGUGGUCGUGGACGUGGACGUGGACGUGGACAUGGUCGUGAACGUGGACGUGGACGUGGACGUGGACGUUGACGUGUACGUGGACGUGGACGUGGACGUUGACGUGUACGUUGACGUGGACGUGGACGUGGACGUGGACCUGGACGUGGACGUGGACGUGGACCUGGACGUGGACGUGGACGUGGACGUUGAUGUGGACGUUGACGUGGACCUGGACGUGGACGUGGACGUUGACGUGGACGUGGACGUGGACGUGGACGUGGACGUGGACGUUGACGUGGACGUGGACGUGGACGUGGACGUGGACGUGGACGUGGACCUGGACCUGGACGUGGACGUGGACGUGGACGUGGACGUGGACGUGGACGUUGACGUGGACGUUGACGUGGACGUGGACGUGGACGUGGACCUGGACCUGGACGUGGACGUGGACGUGGACGUGGACGUGGACGUUGACGUGGACGUUGACGUGGACGUGGACGUGGACGUGGACGUGGACAUGGACGUGGACGUGGACGUGGACGUGGACGUGGACGUGGACAUGGACCAGGACGUGGACGUGGACGUCGACAUGGACAUGGACAUGGACGUGGACAUGGACGUGGACGUGGACGUGGACCUGGACGUGGACAUGGACAUGGACGUGGACGUGGACGUGGACGUGGACAGGGACGUGGACGCGGACGUGGAUGGACGCGGACGUGGACGUGGACGUGGAUGUGGACAUGGACAUGGACGUGGACGUGGACGUGGACGUGGACGUGGACAUGGACGUGGACGUGGACGUGGACGUGGACGUGGACAUGGACGUGGACAUGGACGUGGACAUGGACGUGGACGUGGACGUGGACGUGGACGUGGACAUGGACCAGGACGUGGACGUGGACGUCGACAUGGACAUGGACAUGGACGUGGACAUGGACGUGGACGUGGACGUGGACCUGGACGUGGACAUGGACAUGGACGUGGACGUGGACGUGGACGUGGACGGGGACGUGGACGCGGACGUGGAUGGACGCGGACGUGGACGUGGACGUGGAUGUGGACAUGGACAUGGACGUGGACGUGGACGUGGACGUGGACGUGGACAUGGACGUGGACGUGGACGUGGACGUGGACGUGGACAUGGACGUGGACAUGGACGUGGACAUGGACGUGGACGUGGACGUGGACGUGGACGGGGACGUGGACGCGGACGUGGAUGGACGCGGACGUGGACGUGGACGUGGAGGUGGACAUGGACAUGGACGUGGACGUGGACGUGGACAUGGACGUGGACGUGGACGUGGACGUGGACGUGGACAUGGACGUGGACGUGGACGUGGACGUGGACGUGGACAUGGACGUGGACAUGGACGUGGACAUGGACGUGGACGUGGACGUGGACGUGGACGUGGACGUGGACAUGGACGUGGACGUGGACGUGGACGUGGACGUGGACGGGGAUGUGGACGUGGACGUGGACGUGGACAUGGACGUGGACGUGGACGUGGACAUGGACGUGGACGUAGACGUGGACAAGGACGUGGACGUGGACUUAGACAUGGUCGUGGACGUGGACGUGGACGUGGACGUGGACAUGGACAUAGACGUGGACAUGGUCGUGGACGUGGACAUGGACGUGGACGUGGACCUGGACGUGGAUAUGGACGUGGACGUGGACGUGGACGUGGACAUGGACGUGGACAUGGACGUGGUUGUGGACAUGGACGCGGACAUGGACGUGGACAUGGACGUGGACGUGGACGUGGACGUGGACGUGGACGUCGACGUGGACAUGGACGUGGACGUGGACGUGGACAUGGACAUGGACAUGGACGUGGACGUGGACGUGGACGUAGACGUGGACAUGGACGUGGACAUGGACGUGGAGGACUUGGACGUGGACAUGGACAUGGUCGUGGACAUGGACGUGGACGUGGACAUGGACGUGGACAUGGACAUGGACGUGGACGUGGACAUGGACGUGGACGUGGACGUGGACAUGGACGUGGACGCGGAUGUGGACGUGGACGUGGACGCGGACGUGGACGUGGACGUGGAUGGACGCGGACGUCGACAUGGACGUGGAUGGACAUGGACCUGGACUUGGACGUGGACGGGGAUGUGGACAUGGACGUGGACGUGGACGUGGACAUGGACGUGGACGUGGACGUGGACAUGGUCGUGGACGCGGACGUGGACAUGGACGUGGACGUGGACAUGGACGUGGACGUGGAUGGACGCGGACAUCGACAUGGACGUGGACGGGGAUGUGGACAUGGACGUGGACGUGGACAUGGACGUGGACGUGGACAUGGACGUGGACGUGGACAUGGUCGUGGACGUGGACGUGGACGUGGACGUGGACAUGGAGGUGGACGUGGACGUGGACGUGCACGUGGACGUGGACGUGGAGGUGGACGUUGACGUGGAGGUGGACGUGGACGUGGACGUGGACGUGGACGUUGACGUGGACAUGGACGUGGAGGUGGACGUGCACGUGGACGUGGACGUGGACGUGGACGUGGACGUGGACGUAGACGUGGACGUGGACGUUGACGUGGACGUGGACGUGGACGUGGACGUGGACGUGGACGUGGAGGUGGACGUGGACGUGGACGUGGACAUGGAGGUGGACGUGGACGUGGAAGUGGACAUGGAGGUGGACAUGGACGUAGACAUGGACGUGGACGUGGACAUGGACGUGGACAUGGACGUGGACAUGGUCGUGGACGUGGACGUGGACGUGGACGUGGAAGUGGACAUGGACGUGGACGUGGACGUGGACGUGGAUGCGGACGUGGACGUGGACGUGGACGUGGAAGCGGACAUGGAGGUGGACAUGGACGUAGACAUGGACGUGGACGUGGACAUGGACGUGGACAUGGACGUGGACAUGGUCGUGGACGUGGACGUGGACGUGGACGUGGAAGUGGACGUGGACGUGGACGUGGACGUGGACGUGGAUGCGGACGUGGACGUGGACGUGGACGUGGAAGCGGACCUGGAGGUGGACAUGGACGUAGACAUGGACGUGGACGUGGACAUGGACGUGGACAUGGACGUGGACAUGGUCGUGGACAUGGACGUGGUCGUGGACGUGGACGUGGAUGCGGACGUGGACAUGGACGUGGACGUGGAAGCGGACCUGGACAUGGACGUGGACGGGGACGCGGACGUGGACGUGGACGGGAUGGACGUGGACGUGGACGUGGACGUGGACGUGGAUGUGGACGUGGACGUGGACGUGGACGUGGACAAGGACGUGGACAAGGACGUGGACAUGGUCGUGGACGUGGUCGUGGACGUGGACGUGGACAUGGACGUGGACGUGGACGUGGACGUGGACGUGGACAUGGACGUGGACAUGGACGUGGUUGUGGACAUGGACGUGGACAUGGACGUGGACGUGGACGUGGACGUGGACGUGGACAUGGACGUGGACGUGGACGUGGACGUGGACGUGGACGUGGACAUGGACAUGGACAUGGACAUGGACAUGGACAUGGACAUGGACGUGGACGUGGACAUGGACAUGGACGUGGACAUGGACAUGGACAUGGACAUGGACAUGGACGUGGACAUGGACGUGGACGUGGACGUGGACAUGGACGUGGACGUGGACAUGGACGUGGACGCGGACGCGGACGUGGACUUGGACGUGGACGUGGACGUGGACGUGGACGUGGACGUGGACAUGGACGUGGACAUGGUCGUGGACGUGGACGUGGACGUGGACCUGGACGUGGACGUGGACGUGGACCGUGGACGUGGACGUGGACGUAGACAUGGAGGUGGUCGUGGACGUGGACGUGGACGUGGACGUGGACGUGGACAUGGACGUGGACGUGGACGUGGACGUGGACGUGGACAUGGACGUGGACAUGGACGUGGAGGACUUGGACGUGGACAUGGACAUGGUCGUGGACAUGGACGUGGACGUGGACAUGGACGUGGACAUGGACAUGGACGUGGACGUGGACAUGGACGUGGACGUGGACGUGGACAUGGACGUGGACGCGGAUGUGGACGUGGACGUGGACGCGGACACGUGGACAUGGAUGUGGACGUGGACGUGGACGUGGACAAGGACGUGGACGUGGACGUGGACAUGGUCGUGGUCGUGGACGUGGACGUGGACGUGGACGUGGACGUGGACAUGGACAUGGACGUGGACAUGGUCGAGGACAUGGACGUGGACGUGGACGUGGACAUGGACAUGGACGUGGACGUGGACGUGGACAUGGACGUGGACGUGGACGUGGACGUGGACGUCGACGUGGACAUGGACGUGGACGUGGACGUGGACAUGGACGUGGACGUGGACGUGGACGUGGAUGUCGACGUGGACAUGGACGUGGACGUGGACGUGGACAUUGACGUGGACGUGGACAUGGACGUGGACGUGGACGUGGACGUGGACGUAGACGUGGACGUGGACGUAGACAUGGACAUGGAUAUGGACAUGGACAUGGACGUGGACAUGGACGUGGACGUGGACAUGGAUGUGGACGUGGACAUGGACGUGGACGUGGACGUGGACGUGGACAUGGACCAGGACAAGGACGUGGACGUGGACGUGGAUGUGGACAUGGACGGGGACGUGGACGGGGACGUGGACGUGGACGUGGACAUGGACGUGGACAUGGACGUGGACAUGGACGGGGACGUUGACGUGGAUGUGGACAUGGACGUGGACGUGGACAUGGACGCGGACGUGGACGUGGACGGGGAUGUGGACAUGGACGUGGACGUGGACAUGGACCUGGACGUGGACGUGGACGUGGACGUGGACGUGGACGUGGACGUGGACGUGGACAUGGACAUGGACGUGGACAUGGACGUGGACGUGGACGUGGACAUGGACGUGGACGUGGAUGUGGACAUGGUCGUGGACGUGGACGUGGACGCGGACGUGGACGUGGACGGGGAUGUGGACGUGGACGUAGACGUGGACAUGAACGUGGACGUGGACGUGGACGUGGACAAGGACGUGGACGUGGACGUGGACAUGGUCGUGGUCGUGGACGUGGACGUGGACGUGGACAUGGACAUGGACGUGGACAUGGUCGUGGACAUGGACGUGGACGUGGACGUGGACGUGGACGUGGACAUGGACGUGGACGUGGACAUGGACGUGGACAUGGACGUGGUUGUGGACAUGGACGUGGACAUGGACGUGGACGUGGACGUGGACGUGAACAUGGACGUGGACGUGGACGUGGACGUGGACGUGGACGUCGACGUGGACAUGGACGUGGACGUGGACAUGGACGUGGACGUGGACGUGGACAUGGACGUGGACAUGGUCGUGGAGGACUUGGACGUGGACAUGGACGUGGUCGUGGACAUGGACGUGGACGUGGACAUGGACGUGGACAUGGACGUGGACGUGGACGUGGACGUGGACGUGGACAUGGACAUGGACGUGGACAUGGACAUGGACGUGGACAUGGACGUGGACGUGGACGUGGACAUGGACGUGGACGUGGACGUGGACGCGGACGUGGACGUGGACGUGGACGCGGACGUGGACGUGGACGUGGACGUGGAUGGACGCGGACGUGCACGUGGACGUGGACGUGGACGUGGACGUGGACAUGGACGUGGACGUGGACGUGGACGUGGACGUGGACGCGGACGUGGACGUGGACGUGGACGCGGACGUGGAUGUGGACGUGGACGUGGACGUGGAUGGACGCGGACGUCGACAUGGACGUGGAUGGACAUGGACGUGGACUUGGAUGUGGACGGGGAUGUGGACGUGGACGUGGACGUGGACAUGGACAUGGACGUGGACGUGGACGUGGACGUGGUCGUGGACGUGGACGUGGACGUGGACAUGGUCGUGGACGUGGACGUGGACGUGGACGUGGACGUUGACGUGUACGUGGACGUGGACGUGGACGUUGACGUGUACGUUGACGUGGACGUGGACGUGGACGUGGACCUGGACGUGGACGUGGACGUGGACCUGGACGUGGACGUGGACGUGGACGUUGAUGUGGACGUUGACGUGGACCUGGACGUGGACGUGGACGUGGACGUUGACGUGGACGUGGACGUGGACCUGGACGUUGACGUGGACGUGGACGUGGACGUGGACGUGGACGUGGACGUGGACGUUGACGUGGACGUGGACGAGGACGUGGACGUGGACGUGGACCUGGACCUGGACGUGGACGUGGACGUGGACGUGGACGUGGACGUGGACGUUGACGUGGACGUUGACGUGGACGUGGACGUGGACGUGGACAUGGACGUGGACGUGGACGUGGACGUGGACGUGGACGUGGACAUGGACCAGGACGUGGACGUGGACGUCGACAUGGACAUGGACAUGGACGUGGACAUGGACGUGGACGUGGACGUGGACCUGGACGUGGACAUGGACAUGGACGUGGACGUGGACGUGGACGUGGACGGGGACGUGGACGUGGAUGUGGACAUGGACAUGGACAAGGACGUGGACGCGGACGUGGAUGGACGCGGACGUGGACGUGGACGGGGAUGUGGACGUGGACAUGGACGUGGACAUGGACGUGGACGUGGACGUGGACAUGGACGUGGACGUGGACGUGGACAUGGUCGUGGACGUGGACGUGGACGUGGAUGUGGACGUCGACGUGGACGUGGACAUGGUCGUCGACGUGGACGUGGACAUGUGGACAUGGACGUGGACAUGGACGUGGAUGUGGACGUGGACGUGGACGUGGACAUGGACGUGGACAUGGAAGUGGACAUGGACGCGGACGUGGACGUGGACGGGGAUGUGGACGUGGACGUGGACGUGGACAUGGCUGUGGACGUGGACGUGGAGGUGGACAUGGACGUGGACGUGGACGUGGACGUGGACGUGGAGGUGGACAUGGACGUGGACGUGGACGUGGACAUGGACGCGGACGAGGACGUGGACGUGGACGCGGACGUGGACGUGGACGGGGAUGUGGACGUGGACGUGGACGUGGACAUGGACGUGGACGUGGACGUGGACAUGGACGUGGACGUGGACGUGGACGUGGACAAGGACGUGGACGUGGACGUGGACAUGGUCGUGGACGUGGACGUGGACGUGGACAUGGACAUAGACGUGGACAUGGUCGUGGACGUGGACAUGGACGUGGACGUGGACCUGGACGUGGAUAUGGACGUGGACGUGGACGUGGACGUGGACAUGGACGUGGACAUGGACGUGGUUGUGGACAUGGACGCGGACAUGGACGUGGACAUGGACGUGGACGUGGACGUGGACGUGGACGUGGACGUCGACGUGGACAUGGACGUGGACGUGGACGUGGACAUGGACAUGGACAUGGACGUGGACGUGGACGUGGACGUGGACGUGGACAUGGACGUGGACGUGGACGUGGACGUGGACAUGGAGGUGGACAUGGACGUAGACAUGGACGUGGACGUGGACAUGGACGUGGACAUGGACGUGGACAUGGUCGUGGACGUGGACGUGGACGUGGACGUGGAAGUGGACAUGGACGUGGACGUGGACGUGGACGUGGAUGCGGACGUGGACGUGGACGUGGACGUGGAAGCGGACAUGGAGGUGGACAUGGACGUAGACAUGGACGUGGACGUGGACAUGGACGUGGACAUGGACGUGGACAUGGUCGUGGACGUGGACGUGGACGUGGACGUGGAAGUGGACAUGGACGUGGACGUGGACGUGGACGUGGAUGCGGACGUGGACGUGGACGUGGACGUGGACGUGGAAGCGGACAUGGAGGUGGACAUGGACGUAGACAUGGACGUGGACGUGGACAUGGACGUGGACAUGGACGUGGACAUGGUCGUGGACAUGGACGUGGUCGUGGACGUGGACGUGGAUGCGGACGUGGACAUGGACGUGGACGUGGAAGCGGACCUGGACAUGGACGUGGACGGGGACGCGGACGUGGACGUGGACGGGAUGGACGUGGACGUGGACGUGGACGUGGACGUGGACGUGGACGUGGACGUGGACGUGGACGUGGACAAGGACGUGGACAAGGACGUGGACAUGGUCGUGGACGUGGUCGUGGACGUGGACGUGGACAUGGACGUGGACGUGGACGUGGACGUGGACGUGGACAUGGACGUGGACAUGGACGUGGUUGUGGACAUGGACGUGGACAUGGACGUGGACGUGGACGUGGACGUAGACGUGGACGUGGACAUGGACGUGGACGUGGACGUGGACGUGGACGUGGACGUGGACAUGGACAUGGACAUGGACGUGGACAUGGACAUGGACAUGGACAUGGACAUGGACGUGGACAUGGACGUGGACGUGGACGUGGACAUGGACGUGGACGUGGACAUGGACGUGGACGCGGACGCGGACGUGGACUUGGACGUGGACGUGGACGUGGACGUGGACGUGGACGUGGACAUGGACGUGGACAUGGUCGUGGACGUGGACGUGGACGUGGACCUGGACGUGGACGUGGACGUGGACCGUGGACGUGGACGUGGACGUAGACAUGGAGGUGGUCGUGGACGUGGACGUGGACGUGGACGUGGACGUGGACAUGGACGUGGACGUGGACGUAGACGUGGACGUGGACGUGGACCUGGACGUGGACGUGGACGUGGACAUGGAUGUGGACGUGGACGUGGACGUGGACGUGGACGUGGACGUGGACGUGGACAUGGACGUGGACAUGGACGUGGACGUGGACGUGGACGUGGACAUGGACGUGGACGUGGACGUGGAUAUGGACGUGGACAUGGACGUGGAGGACUUGGACGUGGACAUGGACGUGGUCGUGGACAUGAACGUGGACAUGGACAUGGACAUGGACAUGGACGUGGACGUGGACAUGGACGUGGACGUGGACGUGGACGUGGACGUGGACGUUGA